CCAUUCUGCAUGUCUUCAGAUUACUCGAGCUAAAAUAUCUAUUUAUUUUGCACAUUUUAACUGAAAGAGGUGGGGAUUGUGUUGAGUGAGAUACCGUUUGCAACACAUAACGGGAGCUGUAGAACACAAGUUUUUCGCUCUAAGUUUUAAAUCGCCCGCUCUGACGUCUCAGUCUGUGACUGCAUAAAGUCAUCUGUUCUCUCAAAGAAGGCGCAAAAUACUCGCGCCAGCUCAGAUUGAGUUGACAAGCUUCACUGCAAGAGAUCUGCUAGCCGCUAAAGGCCACUCAACGACUCGAAAAUAAAUCAUAUGACUUUCAUCCAAAUAAUUUUUGUACACGUUAAAUUAUAAAAGAAGAUCCAUAACAUUCUGACUGGAGUGGAGUCUUUUGGACUUACUCUUAAUCCCAGUGACACACUUGGGGAUAUAAUGCCAGGAAAGAGACAAGGAACGGAAUCCCGGUUAAUCGCAGAGGUGCCUAAAGAAAAUGAAGUACGUUCGAGGAAGAGAAAGGCAGAUGUUGCUGUUUAUCUGCAAGACCCCGACGAGGAGGUUGCAGAGAUGUCUAUGAAGAAACAUCGUGACUCUGAGGUAUACUGGAGUUCCGAGGCGUGUCAUACAAGUCCCCACAGGUGUAUACCCACACCCGACAUGGAAGUGGAUCGACGGGUCUCCCUGUGCAAAGCAGGCCUGGCCCAGUACACAUUCAGCAACAUCUUUGUCACCCCCGUCCGGUCCUCCCCACUCCCAGUCCUGUGUUGGGCGAGUAAGGAUGUGGUGUGGAACAACAUGCUGGAGAAGGACCGAGGCUACAUGAGGGACAUGCACGUCAUGGACAAACAUCCCCACCUUCAGCCCAAGAUGAGGGCUAUUCUCCUUGACUGGCUUAUGGAGGUUUGCGAGGUGUACAAGCUCCAUAGGGAGACCUACCACCUGGCCCAGGACUACUUUGACCGCUUCAUGGCCACACAGACCAACGUGUUCAAGUCCACCCUCCAGCUCAUAGGCAUCACCUGUCUGUUCAUCGCUGCCAAAGUGGAGGAAAUGUAUCCUCCAAAGAUCCACCAGUUUGCCUAUGUGACAGACGAGGCGUGUGCGGAGGAUGAUAUUCUGAGCAUGGAGCUCAUCGUCAUGAAGGAGCUGAACUGGGGUCUGAGCCCACAGACUCCCAUCGCCUGGCUGAAUGUCUACAUGCAGGUGGCAUACCUGAAGAAGCAGGAUGAGCUGCUGCUACCCCAGUACCCUCAGGCCAUGUUCACACAGAUCGCAGAGCUGCUGGACCUGUGUAUGCUGGAUGUGAGGUGUCUGGAGUUUUCUAACGGAGUCCUGGCGGCCUCGGCCCUCUUCCAUUUCUCCUCGUUGGAGCUUGUGGAGAACGUCUCGGGUCUGAAGCGCUCCGAGGUUGAGGGGUGUGUGAGGUGGAUGGUGCCCUUCGCCAUGGCUCUGAGGCAGGGGGGCAGCGCCACCAUGAAGACCUUCCAAGGGAUCCUUGCUGACGACAUGCACAACAUCCAGACACACGUAGACUACAUGCAGUGGCUGGACAAGGCCUACUCUUACCAGGAAGUGGACGUGCAGUGCAAUAGGAGUGUCCCAGUGCCCUCCGGGGUUCUGACCCCGCCCCUCAGCAGUGAGAAGAUGGAGGACUGCCUCCGCAUGGACGCCUCCGUUCCUCCCAAGAUAAGAGCCAUGAUGAGCUUCCCAGCCCCUCACCCCAUCUCGCAGGAGGGGGAACUGAACUGACCUGAGAUCAGCCUGUAUUCAGGGUGCAGCUGCACCCUACCCGGAGAGGCCUCAACCUGUUCUGGUUGGACGGACACAGGAAGAGGAGGGUGCUAAAUUGGACCAACCAAUGGGAAGGUGGGGGGGGGGAGUUCCGACGCAUUAGCUCCCUGCCCACAUGUGCUUGCAUUAAUUAUCACGUGUCCAUGGCUUUGACCAUGACCUGUUAAUGCUUUGGGUAAUUAAGGAAAUGAAUGAAUGAACAAGUGAGGUCCCGUCUGAGUGAGUAUGAAUGAAGGAAUGUUUUUACGCUGACGUGUGCUAUAAAGGAGGGACCACCUACCCCAAAAAUCCUAGAGCCGCCAUUGGCUCGGAGUGCUGCUAAUCAAGGUGGGCGUGGAUUAACAGAGGAAACUUUGAAGUGUGUGUGUGUUUGUGGCUCUGUCUCGCCAUUUUAUAAACUAGACCACUGCCAAAAUUAGGUUUUGGGACCAGUACCCUAGCUACCGUGAUGGACAAGGUGUGGGACAGGCAGCUUCAGAAGCUACAGUAUGGAAUAUAUUUAAGAUUUUAAUGCAAUUCUUUUUUCCCAUCCUGAGGUUAAAAUGUUGUUUUUUUUCCUCCCUCCAAAAUGUCAGAUUUUAUUUGAGUGUGUUUAUGCAAUGAGAUGCUGCUAUUUCAUAUGAUAUUUUUCAAUAAAGGCGCCACUGUCUCGGGACAGUUUUUAUGUUGUA